AUGCCAUCCAACCAGCAAAUGAUGUCGACAGCAUUUGCCCCGAGCCAGUCACACAUCCGGCCAUCUUCGUCCGAGAAGCAUUGGCACACCGAGACCGGACGUAAUAAAGCCAUGGCAUCAUCUUCUGACACGCAGUCUAUCGUCUACAAGCAGCCUGCCUGGCAGCAGAACAUUGCAUACGGGCCCUCCUGCCAACGAGACUGA